AUGGAGCGCUGUGACGGUGCAGCUACUGUAAUGGAGCGCUGUGACGGUGCAGCUACUGUGAUGGAGCGCUGUGACGGUGCAGCUACUGUGAUGGAGCGCUGUGACGGUGCUGCAGCUACUGUGAUGGAGCGCUUUGACGGUGCAGCUACUGUGAUGGAGGGCUGUGACGGUGCUGUUACUGUGAUGGAGCGCUGUGACGCUACCACCGCCGACAGCUACCACCGCCGACAGCUACCACCGCCGACAGCUACCACCGCCGACAGCUACCAACGCCGACAGCUACCAACGCCGACAGCUACCACCGCCGACAUCUACCACCGCCGACAGCUACCACCGCCGACAGCUACCACCGCCGACAGCUACCACCGCCGACAGCUACCACCGCCGACAGCUACCAACGCCGACAGCUACCACCGCCGACAGCUACCAACGCCGACAGCUACCACCGCCGACAGCUACCACCGCCGACAGCUACCACCGCCGACAGCUACCACCGCCGACAGCUACCAGCGUCGACAGCUACCAACGUCGACAGCUACCAACGUCGACAGCUACCACCGUCGACAGCUACCUACGCCGACAGCUACCAGCGUCGACAGCUACCAGCGCCGACAGCAACCUACGUCGACAGCUACCACCGUCGACAGCUACCUACGCCGACAGCUACCAGCGUCGACAGCUACCAGCGCCGACAGCUACCACCGUCGACAGCUACCUACGCCGACAGCUACCUACGCCGACAGCUACCAGCGCCGACAGCUACCAACGCCGACAGCUACCACCGUCGACAGCUACCAACGCCGACAGCUACCUACGUCGACAGCUACCAACGCCGACAGCUACCAGCGCCGACAGCUACCAACGCCGACAGCUACCACCGUCGACAGCUACCAACGCCGACAGCUACCAGCGCCGACAGCUACCAACGCCGACAGCUACCAGCGUCGACAGCUACCAGCGCCGACAGCUACCAGCGUCGACAGCUACCAGCGCCGACAGCUACCACCGUCGACAGCUACCUACGCCGACAGCUACCAGCGCCGACAGCUACCAACGCCGACAGCUACCACCGUCGACAGCUACCAACGCCGACAGCUACCAGCGCCGACAGCUACCAACGCCGACAGCUACCACCGUCGACAGCUACCAACGCCGACAGCUACCAGCGCCGACAGCUACCAACGCCGACAGCUACCAGCGUCGACAGCUACCAACGCCGACAGCUACCAGCGCCGACAGCUACCUACGUCGACAGCUACCAACGCCGACAGCUACCAGCGCCGACAGCUACCAACGCCGACAGAUACCUACGUCGACAGCUACCAGCGUCGACAGCUACCAACGCCGACAGCUACCAGCGCCGACAGCUACCACCGUCGACAGCUACCAACGCCGACAGCUACCAGCGCCGACAGCUACCAACGCCGACAGCUACCAGCGUCGACAGCUACCUACGCCGACAGCUACCAUCGCCGACAGCUACCACCGUCGACAGCUACCAACGCCGACAGCUACCAGCGCCGACAGCUACCAACGCCGACAGCUACCAGCGUCGACAGCUACCUACGCCGACAGCUACCACCGCCGACAGCUACCUACGUCGACAGCUACCUACGCCGACAGCUACCACCGUCGACAGCUACCAACGCCGACAGCUACCAGCGCCGACAGCUACCAACGCCGACAGCUACCAGCGUCGACAGCUACCAACGCCGACAGCUACCAGCGACGACAGCUACCUACGUUGACAGCUACCACCGCCGACAGCUACCACCGUCGACAGCUACCACCGUCGACAGCUACCAGCGCCGACAGCUACCACCGCCGACAGCCACCAGCGCCGACAGCUACCAGCGCCGACAUCUACCAGCGCCGACAGCUACCAGCGCCGACAGCUACCACCGCCGACAGCUACCACCAAGGACC